AUGUUCAGAAGCAUACUCAGAUCAAGUCGUUGUAUCCCAAAGACUUUGCAAAACAACUGUCGCUCUCCAACCGUUGUGACUCCUUUGAACUUGUACAAACAAUUUCAUCAAACCGUUCCAAAAUUCCACGGCCAUCUCCAUAAACCAAACCCAGGUGAAGAGCUCCAUAUUACAUUCAUAACUAAAGACGGAGAACAAUUAUCUUUCGAGGUAGCAGAGGGUGAUAAUGUUUUAGAUAUUGCCCAAGCUCACAAUUUGGACAUGGAGGGUGCUUGUGGAGGUUCUUGUGCCUGCUCCACUUGCCAUGUUAUUGUUGAUCCUGAAUUUUAUGAUGAAAUUCCAGAGCCGGAUGAUGAUGAAAAUGAUAUGUUAGACUUGGCCUUUGGCUUAACCGAAACUUCCAGAUUGGGAUGCCAGAUUAAGAUGAGCAAGGAAAUCGACGGUAUAAGGGUAGCGUUACCAGCAAUGACCCGUAAUUUACAAAACAAGGACUUUAACUAG